AUGGCCGAAGAUUCCAGCGCCGCUUGGCCCAUCGCCGACGAGGCUCUUACCCAGUCUCUUUUGGACCUUGUCCAGCAAGCCAGCCACUACCGCCAGAUUCGCAAGGGUGCCAACGAGGCCACCAAGACUCUGAACCGCGGUGUUUCCGAAAUUAUUAUUCUGGCUGCUGACACCACCCCCUUCCCAUCAUGUAUUCUUCACCUUCCCCUUUUGUGUGAGGACAAGAACGUUCCCUACGUCUAUGUUCCCAGCAAGAUUGCGCUCGGUCGUGCGACCGGUGUGAGCCGCCCCGUGAUUGCUUGCAGCAUCACCACCAACGAGGCCUCUGAGCUCAACAACCAGAUCCGCGCCGUCAAGACCCAGGUUGAGCGCCUGAUGGUCUAA